AGAUUACUCGACACGAUACAGAUAUUAGAGGGUGCCACUACCAGUUCUUCGUGGAGCAGCCUUAGUGAUUGACUGUUGUUGUUCAAUAUGCUUCUGCGUAGUUAUUGCAUUCCUAUUCCCUCGGAAAUGUACCUCAACAUAGGCACAAAUAACUCCCACGUGUCGGAUUCAAUAGUUUUACCUCCACGUGCUUACGUAAAGUUGUUAUCUGCAACCCCCCAAUAACCAUAACUCAAAGACUUUUCCACACCCUCAAGCAGCAUGGAUCAAAUGGAAGCAUCUUUGAGUCCAUCCGUUGAUGGAAGAGAUCAUGAUGAAGCGCACAAAAGUAAUGACGAGCAGAGAGAUAAAUCGGCAGAACCAGACACUGGAGACGCGAGUGGGACUAAUAAACCUGGGAGGAAAAAGGCUGCAACUAGUAAUCAAGCUGCCCGACGUGAUCAGAAUCGAAUUGCACAGCGCGAAUUUAGGUUGAGGAAACAGCAGCGGAUCCGCGAUCUCGAAGCUCGGGUUGAGAUACUUUCAGGAAGCAAAGAGGAAACUCACACUCAUUCUCGGGCCAUCAUUCAAGGUCUCAUGGAAGAAAACUCGCGUCUUCGAGCCCUCGUCAGAGAUCUCGGCACCUUCCUAGGUGAUGGAUUAGGUGGCCCACUUCUCGCUAAGACUGGUUGGGACAUGAAAUCCUUUCAGGAUAUGGUUUCGCGCGCGGACUCAGAUACUGCAUACGAGGCUUUCAUCAAAGCAAAGAACGCGAUGAUAAGUCCUCAGAAUAGCACUGGUAUGACGUCCUCGACCAGCGCUUUGGCAAGCGGUGGGCAUGACUUGAAUGGCACUAAGAAACGGAAAAGAUCAUCGUUCAUGGAGGGCAGCAGCUUCAAUGCAUCUCAGACCCCUCCUACACCUUCAAAUUCAAACCCUCCUCGAGCUCGGUCACCCCACGAACUCCCAUCUCUCCUCCCUUCACGCACUCAGCCCUUUAAUCCUACACGUAGUUCCGACGAGCCGCCAGGAUCUUUCACUUCUCUUAUUGAUACUUUCUCGUCUUCUGCAGGAGCACCGUACAUUGAUAUGGGAAAUCCCAGCAUCAGCGGCACACGUGUGUUACCUCCUCCUGGACCCAGAGAAGCAUUUGGCAUGGCUUCAGUAGGGAUGAACAAUGGCCCUAGCGGAGGAAGUUCAUCGUAUGGAGGAUCUUCAUUCGGCAGCUUCAAUCCGCGUGACAACAAUCAAGCAGGGUCGUCACCCAUUAAUGCGCCGCCUGCUGCAUCUACGACUAGCUCAAAUGCCGGUCCAACCGAUCGCAGAACGCGCUUGAUGAUUGAAAAUGAGCCAAAAAAGCAUGAGGCAGGGAAACUUAUAAAAUACCACUUGGACAACUACAAGCGUAGCUCCCAGUAUUUCCUGCCCGCAUCAUUACGACCAACGUUAGUCCAGCGCUCUGUACCCCAUGACAAUCUCAUUGACGGAAUCGUAUACCCUGAGAUUCGAGAUCGGAUGAUUCUUCUCAAAGACCGUUUCGAUCUGGCAGAAUGCUUGUCUAUGUUCCUUUGGACUUCUAUUGUGCAUGAUGAUGACGUUCUUGCUCACAGUAACUGGGAGUUGGGUGAGGACUGGCUGAGACGUUAUGGUUUUCUUGUGGAGGAAUCCGUGCUAAGUAACGUGAACAAGUGGAGGAGGACACGAGGGGAAGCAGAACUUGUGUUGUCCGAGAUCAAUCCAGACGCCGCUGGAGUCAACGCGCUUUCUUGAAGAUAGCUGGUUUGGGGUUAUGUGCAUUUUUUUUUUUUCUUGGUCUCUAGCCUCCAGUUUUUUUUGUUCAUUGCUGUAUUUUUAUCUGCAGUCUUGGAAAUAGUGG